GGUUUGUUUUUGUUUGCGUUCAGUAUUAUUACCACCCUCAGAAACGAUGAGCGACCCCGAGCAGGACAUCGCCGGCCGGAAGUCGCCCGCGAGCUCCGAGGGCAGCUCGACCGAUUUGGACGUGACGAGUCCAACGUUCAAACCGCUGCGCGCGUUGUACUCCAACAAGACGCAGAUUCCGGUUCCACACGCGAAACCCCUCGACAAUGUGACCUCUUUCGAGGCCCGGUUCCGAAUGCUGGGCGGGUUCGACGAGCGGUACAGUGACCAGCGCAUUCAGGAGAUCCGAAGGGCGGCUUCCUCCGCCAAAACCGCGACGAUUCCGCAAGGGGAAGCUCCCGUUCGAAGGUUUCUGCCCCACCAAGAAAUGGUGCAGGGCUAUCGGCGAACGCGGUUCCAGCGGAACAUCUACACGAAAAUCGAGAACUUUGAGGGACCCCUGGGGGAAAUGCGCACCUGGAUGAGGGAACGGGUGCGCGUCAAAGUGUACACCCGCAAGGAGAAGGGCGUCCGCGGGUUCGUGACCGGUUUCAUCGAGGUGUUUGACAAACACUGGAACCUGGCCCUGUCGGAUGUGUUCGAGUCGUGGAGGCGGCGUAAGUAUCGCUACUCGGAAAACAAGCGGGCCGGGUUGGGCAAGCCGCAGGACUGCAGCGAGCUGUUGCGAAAGAUGGGCAUUAGCGUGCCGGAGACGGCCGUUAAAUCAGUGGAUCGGAAGUACGUGAUGUGCAGCCGGCGGGUGCCGAAGCUGAUUGUGCGCGGCGAGCAGGUGGUGCUGGUGACGCCGGAAAGUGUGGUGCAGGUUAAGGCGGAGAAGGGCGCGGCGACGGUGGUUGUUAAAAAGGAGAAGGAGAUUACGGUUAAAAUAGAAAAAUCUGAAGACUGAA